AUGCUCUUCCCACAACCCUACGUGGGCGCCUACCCCCUCAUACCGCCGCCCUCGCCAACAUCCUUCAAUAUCAACGUCACCGCCCUCGUCACACUCUUUCUACCAAACAUAAUCAUGGCCCUCUUACUUGUGCUCUUGUGCGACAUCCUGGUGCUUAUCGCGACGGUGCAGGUUUUCCGGUGCGUAAGGAAGGCGAGGAGGGAGGGGGAUAGGGAUGCGGAGGUGGAUUUGGAGGAGGGGGUGGAGUUGGAGGGGUUGAAGGUUGAGGGGGUGGGUGGGGAGGGGGAUGGGGGGAAAUGA